UCACUCUUCAAUCCACAGACAGGACAAUCUCAAUGUGAUAUAUUAGAGGAAAAGCUCUAUUACUUGAAAACCGUCCCGUUAAUCCACAGCGUGCAUAUUCCGUUCUGCAACCUACUCUAGCUCAAACAGACGUACAGUGGACGAGAGCCAUGUCUUCCACCAUUCCCUUCACCCUCGACGUCCCGACGUUACUCUGCAUCGGCUUCACUCUAUCGUUCAUGCCUAUCGCCUACCUGCUCGGCAGAGCACUGAUACCAUCUUCUCAAACGCGCAACCGGAUACUCUUCUACUGGCACGCCUACGAUGCCCUGACCCACAUCUUCAUCGAAGGAUCCUUCCUAUACGAAUGCUUCUACAGCUACGCCACGCUCCCCGCCGGAGUCAGCAAAGAGCCAUACUUCCUAGGCCACAAGGACCGCGUAUACGGCGCAGCCUACGGAACGGGCCCCAGCGCUCGGCUAUGGCAGGAAUAUGCAAAAGCAGACCGUCGCUGGGCCGUCGCUGACGCUCCUACCAUCUCUAUUGAGCUGUUAACUGUAUUCCUCGGCGGCCCGGCUGCGGUGUACGUGUGCUACUUGCUGUGGAAAGCAUCGAGCAGCCGGUCGACGGCGUCGGCAAAGGGCGCUGCGAAGGCGAGAUUGUGGCUGGUUGCGCCUGCGCUGGCGACGGCUGAGCUGUAUGGGGGGUUUAUGACCUUUGCGCCGGAAUGGCUGACUGGGAGUUCUCAGCUGGACACCAGUAACCCUGUGUAUCUCUGGUUUUACCUCUUCUUCUUUAACACCUUGUGGGUGUGGAUUCCGCUCUGGGUGCUCUGGGAGGCUGCGAAAGAGCUGCGAGCAGCUUUUGUGAAGGCAGAGAAGGCUGAUGAGGGUCGGAAGACCAGGUGAAUGUCUGCUUUUAUAAUCUUGGACAAAUGCAAGGAAUACGGAGUACAUGAGUAGCAGUGAGACGAAGGACAUAUUUUUGAUACUUUUGGUGCAUAUAUCCAGAUAUAGUCCCCAUCCAUGGUUUAGGGUCGCAUUGGGGACCCUCCCCCUAGAUCUUAAUGACAUUCGG